AAACCUAAAUCGGCUCCAUGCAUGUAGACGAGAAGCACCCACUACACUUUUCUUGAAGGACCACGUAAUAGGUGGGUAAUGCGGAGGUGCUAACUUAGUCUCGAUUAUGCGGCUUCUAAAAAGCAAGCAAUUUCUCGGCCCUUCCGGACAGCCGUCUGCAAGGCUUUACUCCCCAGCUCUAGCCAAUCUUGUCUGAGUCUAUUAGCAAGAUCUUCAAGCUCACGUACCCAGGCUCUCUCACCACCCAUCAUGGUCAGAUGCAAUGGAAUUUGCGUGUGGACACAUCAUUUCCAUACAAAUACAUUAGAAUCAAUUCUUGGUGUCCAUAACUCGUCAAUCUCGACACCUGAACAUAUUACUUGACAUUUAACAGUCUGUCAUAGUGGAGUUUUGUACAAAACCCAUAAUAGAAGCUCGUGGCCGCAUUUGGAUGAAAUUAUGGGGUUUUGAAUCGACGGACUAAGGCAGAUUACGGCCCGAGUGGCUUAAAGCCAAGCGCGACAGUGCCAAUAGCAUAGGUAUGAACGGUAUCAGAAGAAGCCUGCUGAGUUGGAACGGCGAGCUGAACUUAUGCACGACGUUCAGGUUGGAAAUGAUAGACACUGUGACUCAACUAUAAAAUAGGCGAUCCAGUCCCCUACAGGAUACAUAAACCUCAUUUCAAACAACAUUCGUCUGCACUUCAAGACCACUCAACAUGGGUGUCCAAGUGAACACUUUCCGCGGUCGAUAUGCGGCAGAGGUUACGAAAAACUAUGUCAGGUCGAGACUUGAACAUGCAAAAAAACUACGUCCAGAUGCGGCAACGCUUCCUCGCCCCGGGAUCAAGCUUCCAUCGGAUGCGAAAAAGAAGCCACUGCCAGAGAAAAGUCCCUUUGGCAAAGUUUGCAUUGUUGGGGCUGGGGUCUCUGGUACCUUUAUGGCAUGGAUGCUUACAUACCUUGGAAUCGAAUACGACCUCCUCGAAUCCAGUGACCACACUGGUGGAAGGGUGAAAACACACGAGUUCCCAGAUGACGAGGAAUGUAAGCAUAAUUACUACGAUGUGGGAGCCAUGCGCAUCCCGCUUAUUGACUCCAACCUCCCGACUCGGGCGGUGAUCGAAGCUUUGAACAUUCCUCAUUCUGAUUACAUUUUGAGCAAUCCAGAGGUUCCCAACUACUUCUACCGCAAUUACAACAUUGACAAGACCAAAGCAGACGAGGACUUCAAUAAUGUUGUCGGCCCCUUCGUCGAACUGCUCAACAUUAAUUUUAACGCUGGGUUUGACUUAUUGGUUAACUUGAAAUUUGAUGACAUGAGCACGCGUGAAGUGUUCCGAAGACUGAAUUAUCAAUUCAAGGAGUCCCAAACACUUGAGACCUUCAACACGGGAACCGGCCUCUUUGAUCAGUCCUUCACAGAGACAGUCCUCGACACUGCUGACUUUCCUGACGGUGCAGAAUGGUGGCGGGUCGAAGGCGGCAUGAUCAAGUUGGUUGAAGCAAUGGAAGGCAAGAUUAAAACCAAAGCGAAGCUAAAUUCCACCGUUCAAGGAUACAAAAUGGUUAAGAACGGCGACAAAGAACUCGUCGAGGUCGAAUGGGUCAACAAAGCUGGCAAGGUUCACACUGAUACCUAUUCAGCUCUUUUUAACAGUACGACUCUUGGAGCUUUGAGCCGAAUUAAUUUGAACGGACUUGGAUCAAAAGAGCAGCGAGAGGCAAUCCGCUCCUUAGCUUACGACAGUUCCACCAAGGUUGGAAUCAAGUUCAAGACAGCUUGGUGGUUGGAGGAAGGUCGAGUUGCUUCUCGGGGUGGCGUCUCUGGAACUGACCUGCCUAUUCGAGUUGUUGCCUAUCCGCCUUGGGCUGGCAUUGGUGAAGACACCUUUAAAAACAAGCUGGAUGAUCCCAAAAAACCUACGGUUCUGAUCGCAUCCUAUACUUGGCAUCAAGAUGCUGUCCGUAUCGGUUCCAUGACGGCCGACUCCAAUGCUGACCACUCCGACGUUUUGAAGUUGGUGCUCCGAAACCUGGUGGAACUGUAUCAUGAGAAGAAUCCCGAUAUCACGUACGAGUGGCUGUAUUCUCAAGUGGUUGACUGGCACACAUUUUCAUGGCAAAACGAUUCACACUCCUCGGGUGCCUUUGCGCUCUUCGGCCCCGGACAGUUCACACAUCUCUAUCCUCACCUGUUGAAGGCAUUGGAGGGGUCGAACAAUAGUAUGUUCAUCAUCGGCGAACAUGCCAGCGCUCAUCAUGCAUGGAUCGCCGGCGCCCUCUACAGCUCUGCAACGUCUCUGUACGUUUGGCUCCGCGGUUUGGGAGUCGAAGGCAGCGAAUACGCGGCUCACUUGGUCCAUCCGGAUGAGCCCAAUCUGCCAUUUGCGUCCUCUGUCUCUCUUCGCGAUGGACCCAAAGGUCUUCAGAAACAAAUCAUUGGACUUCAAACAAACGAUAAGGAGAGUAAGCUCUCUUACAACUCUUGGCGCGCUAUUCGAGGGUACUGCGAACGGCUUGGAAUGCCAUUGGAACAGAUUGACAGUGUUCCUCAUUAUGAUGACGCAGGUAUCCUUCCUCAUGAAAUGGUUCCGCUCCUUGGUCUGACUUCACGGAAAUUUGCAAUGUUCGUUGGAGGCAGAGAGGAUAAAGUCGAGGCUCCAGAGGCUGCAUUGCCCCAAGUCGAAAUUUUGAAUUCUGGAAUUCCAGAUGAGCUAGAUGAGAAUGCCGCGUACUGGAUGGCACAGUUGUCUUUAAAUAAGCCAACAGAUUCUUUAUUCAACUCCAGUAGCUAG